AUGGACGAAUUCAUGGAGUCGGUCGAGUCGUCCCUCCUCGCUCAGGGAAGGCCCACCACCCCCAUCCUUACCUCCAUGCCUUCUCACUCGCCGCCGCCAUCCGACGUUCCGGCGUUCCCGCCAAACCCUUUUUCCGACUCGCGCGCCCGACGCGGCGACUCCAUCGGCUUCGGCGGCAGCUCCUUUCACGAGUCGCCCAGUCGAGCCGAGUCCCCGUCUCCGUCCCCAUCCUUACCUCCUAUCACCACCUCUACCACCACCACCUCCUCCUCCGCGUCGUCCUCGUCAUCCGCGGACGCGGAAUGUCAGGAGGCGCCGGCGUGUGCGAUAUGCCUGCAGGUGCUGGGGACUAAGGGCGGCCCGUCGUCCCUGCCGUGCGGCCACAACGGCUGCCUCGACUGCCUCCUGCAGGUGCAGCAGUCGCAGGUGUCGCCGCACUGCCCCAUCUGUCGCGCGUCGUUUCGCAAGACGAUGGUCAUCAAGCUCAACUGCGACCUGCGCGACGCGCUGGCGAACAUUCAGCGGUCGCAGGACGAGGCUCGGCGCGCAGCGAAGGAACUGGAGAAGGAGAAGGAGCGCACGGAGGUCGCGGAGCGAGCGGCGGAAGAGGCGAGUGCGGCAGCGGCCGCUGCUAUGCGCGGGAGAGCCAUGCGAGUCCCGUGCAACACACCGCUCUAUCCGACUGGCGCCCAGCCUCCCUCCGCGCCCCUUCGCUCCGCCACCGGUCCCUCUCCCGGCGGGCCCAACUCCUUCCCCCCUUCCGCCGCCUACGGCGGCUUUCCCAGCCCCCACAACGGCUUUCCCGGCCCGCAAGUCGGCGGCGCCAUCGGCGGUGCGAUUGGCGGCGCGAUCGGCGGCGGGAGUAACAUCGCCUCCAGCAUCGGCAGCAGCGGCGCGCGCGCGAUGCGCGGGGUGUUUAGCAGCAUGGUGGAUCGUGUUAAAAGCCGCGCGCGCGAGCGCGAACAGUUCUUCUACGCCCCGCACCCCUCCGCGGCUUCCCCUUCUCCCGCCGGCGGCGGAAUCGGCGGAAGCGGCGGGGAUGAGGGGGACGAUGGGAGUCCGCCUAUUGAAGGCGCAUGGCUCCGCGGAAAAAACGGAAGGGGGGGAAGAUCAGAUGCAGCAGCGAUUCAGGCGCAUCCUCACUACCAAGGAUUCGUUAAUGGUAAAGCGCCUCCGCCAGGUUACGUGCAGGAUUACCAUCUACAGCAGCAGGGGCAGGGGGAGCAGGGCGGGCAGGGGGGACAAUGGGCGCCGCUGCAUGCGCCCAGCGCGCCCGCGCACAUGGACGGCGCGGGGUGGGGGGACGAUGCGGGGGAGGACGAUGGGGGAAACGGUGCUGGGCUAUGGGGACGGGAUGGAGAGGUUGAGCCCUGGGAAGGGGGGAUGGGGAGAGGGAUGGGCGGAGUGGUGGGCGGCGGAGUGGGCGGGCCGAUAGGGGGAAGGACGUUUGAUGAGCUGUGGGCGGCACUGCCGCCCGAGUGGGUGCCGGACAGUGGGUCCACGAGGUGCAUGGUGUGUGAGGAAGCGUUUCGGCCUCUCGUGCGCACCAGACACCACUGCAGGUCCGUUUUUGCUGCUGCUGCUACUGCUCCUGCCGCGGCUACCUUCUGUCGCUCCUCUUUCCCAGCUUGCGGGUCGUGUAAGGCACUGCUGCGUACCCAUGUUGCUGCCCUUGAUGUCCCCUCGCUCGCCUUCAACCUCACGCUCCCUGCCCUGAAUUUCCACCCCUCCCCUUUCCCGGACUCCCUACCCUCUCCCUUUACGUCAUUCUUGUCGCCCCGUUUCUCGACUGUCCUGCUUCCCCCUCCCGUUUCUCCUGCGCCCUCUCGCCCGUUUCCUGUUCCCUCUCCCCUUCUGCCCUUCCUCACUUCCCUCUUCCCCCUCUCUCCUCCUCUCUCCUUCCCCUCCUGCCACUCCCCCCUCCUUCCCCGCCCCUCUUCCGCGUCCACAACCCACAGGUUCUGCGGGUUGCUGCUCUGUCACAGCUGCAGCGCGCGCACGUGCCUGCUGCCCCCUCUCUUCCGCGAGUCCGAACCCCAGCGCGUGUGCGACCGCUGCUACGACCAACUGGAGCCGCUGCAGCCACAGCUCGUGGUCACAGUGGCAGGCGCAGCGCAGCGCGCGCUGCACGAUGUGACGGACGCCACGAGCGUGCGCGCGUGGGUGAACAACCCCCUUGCUUGGAGCCUCCAGGAGGAGAUUUUCAAGGCCACCAACACGCUCCGCGGGUAUUCUCAGGUGGGGAGGCUGAACCCAGAGCGGUCAAUCCCAGCAGCCGUGCUGGGAGGCGCAGUGGGGCUGGCGAUUCUGACGGUUGCCAAGGCGGGUGUGGGGGUGACGUACCGGGUGGGAACGGGGCUCGUGGUGUGCCUCAAACCCGACCGCCAGUGGAGCGCGCCCUCUGCUAUUGCUACUGCUGGCAUGGGAUGGGGCGCGCAGAUGGGUGGAGAGAUCGCGGAUCUGAUAGUGGUGAUCCGCAGCCUCGAGGCCAUGAAGGCCUUCUGCAGCCGCUACCACGUGGCGGUGGGCGCCUCUGCCAGCGCUGCUGCCGGGCCCGUGGGGCGCGCUGUGGAGGCGGACGUGCGCGCGGGUGGUACGGGCUUCUCUACGUGCUACACGUACAGCUGCAGCAAGGGAGCAUUCGUGGGCAUGUCAUGGGAGUCCAGCGUGGUGGCGUCAUGCUCAUCGGUGAACCGGCGCUUCUACGGCAUGCCAGUCUCCACCACCGACAUCCUCUUUGGCCGCAUCGCGCAGCCCACCGCUGCCCGCCCGCUCUACGACGCCCUCCGGGACCUCAUCCCUUCCAGCGUGGUGGCGUCAUGCUCAUCGGUGAACCGGCGCUUCUACGGCAUGCCAGUCUCCACCACCGACAUCCUCUUUGGCCGCAUCGCGCAGCCCACCGCUGCGCGCCCGCUCUACGACGCCCUCCGGGACCUCUACGACUCGCUUGCUGCCCCGCCCCCGCCGUAUGAGCACUGCUGCGCUGGCCCACCGGCUGAGGCUGUUGCUGCUUCCCGGGGCUGA